AAUAAUUAAUAGCUAAAAACAGGUCUCAAAGCUUGUGUGGCAAAACUGUAGCCUCAUCGACUCCACAAAAAGAGAGGGGAGAUGGGAAUCAUGGCAAAGUCCAAAAGCUGCAAAAACAGCGGUGAAAAUUGGGGCAUGGGCUUCCUCCUCGUCUUUUUCCCUGAAGAAACCUCCUCCUCCCCCUCCCCAACAGCCACCUCCACUGUUCCAUUCUCCUCCUCGUCCUCCUCACCGACACCACCACAAGCUACUUCCAGCCCCAAUUGCAACUCAACAAAAAUAAUUAGAAGAACCAACUCAAACAACCCCAUCAUCACCAAGACUCAAUCCACAAUCUCAAUCUGUGCUCUUCUACUCUUGCUCACUCUCCUUCUCUUCACUCUCUCAACCUUUGAACCCACAAUCCCCAACCCUUCCAGCACCAUUAGUAUCAACAAAACCCCACGUAGGUUUUUGACUCAAAAGCCUCAAAACAAGCUUAAAACCGCCAAAGCCAGUUACUUCUCUAUGUUUUCAAGAAGGCCAAAAGAUAAUAAAGGAAGCGAAAAGUUUCGUUCUUUAUUCGCUUUACAAGGAAUGGGCAAGCUUUACAGGCGCGGGACUAGGGCAAUGAGUGAUCUUGUUGUUGCUCAUGUAAUGGAAGAGACCAAUGAAGCUGAAUUUAGACUCUUUUUAAGAGUCUUGCAUCGGUCAGGUCUCACAGCAAGAGGCGACGUUGUUUUUGUCUUUCCUUCUUCUAUGUUCGCUUCAAGAUUUGAAUCACUGAUCCAAGAAGAGAAUGACUCGUUCUUGAAACUCGUUAAUUAUUACAAACAAUUGAACGGAACGAGUCAUGACUCCGUGUCGGCGUCGAGUUUUGAUGUGAGUCAGUUUUUGAAAAGCGAGAAGAAGCAGGUGGGAGAGCCUCUGUGGGGAAAGAGAAUUCGAGUUAAUGGUGAUGGCAAUUUCAGUGAGUCGGGAGAGGGUGAAGGGGAGUUGACUUGGUUUCGCUAUGGCUCCGUGGUGGGUUUUGAAGCGAGUGAGCUUGACCCGGAAAACUCACUUGCUGGGUUUUUAGAUCAUUUGCCAAUGAGUUUGAGAAGGUGGGCUUGUUAUCCAAUGUUACUCGGUCGAGUUCGGAGAAAUUUUAAGCAUGUAAUGUUAGUGGACGUGAAAAAUUUGGUGUUAUUCAGCGACCCACUUGGCCGAGUCAGGAACCGGAGUCCAGAAUCAGUUUAUAUAAGAACAAAACAAGAAAGUGGUUCAAGCAAGCAUAAUAGGAAAAUCUCGGAGAAAGCUCAGUCUCAUUCUCAAGUUAACUCAGCUAUUUUGAUGGGUGGAGCACGGGGAAUUCGAAGAUUGUCUCUUGCCAUGUUAACAGAAAUCGCUCGAGUUGCGAUGCAACACAAGAAGAAGAGCUCGGUUACCGAGUCAGGGAUUUUAAGUCAACUCGUGGGCAAUGUGCAUAUAUUGAAGAACAUUGAUUUGAUUACAUCGACCGAGUCAAUCCCGGGUAUGAGUUCACUCACUGGCUCAAACUCGUCUUUGUGGAAUAAUUAUAGUAUAAUCCAACGUGGGGGUAAUAGUAAUCAUGAUAUUAACUCCAUUAUCAUGAAACAAAUAUGUUCACGCGAAGCAGAAUCUUCUGCUUAUAUGGAUUGCUAAUUAGCAAAUUAAUUAUAGAGGGAGGAAAUAUAAUUUAAUUUUUAGAGAAAAAAAUUGCAUAAGUGCUUCUGUUUGUUUUUCUCCUCAAUCCCCAAUUAUAUUUGUUUUUAGAUGUAAAUGAUAUUGUUGAAGAUAUUAUUUAUUUUUUAAAAUUUUCUAUAA